ACACACAUUCUCUGCAACUAAUUAAGACAAAACGCUCAGCUUUUCCUAGCCUCCUCCUCAUUCUUUCUCUCAUUGAAUUGCUUAAGAGAUCUGAGCUCUCAUUUUCGUUUCAACUUAUGGGAAUACAUUCACGGAGGUGCGUCGACCAUGAAAGCAAUGCUUGGUGAUCAAGUUGCAGAGGGAACCAACCAUGGAGAUGGAGGCCGAAGAGCAGCGACAAGUAGUGAAGGCUCGGCUGGCGUGGGCAGAUGCAAAGCUUUCAUGGCUAGUUGCUGCACCUACAUAUGCUCUAAGCUCAAUGCUGAAACUGCAAGGCAUGUUUAUGGGCUAAUGGCAAAGUACUUGCGCAUAUGCUUGUACUCGAAACCAUCACCAACAAUGGCCAGAUAUUUGUAUUCGAUGAUGUUUGUCGUUACCAAUCUAAUUGCAUGGAUUGUUCGUGAUUAUGGACGUGGUCUCCUUUCAGAUCUGUCGAAGUUGAAGGUAUGUGGGGGUGGUGGAUACUGCCUUGGAGCUGAAGGAGUACUCAGAGUCAGCCUUGGUUCUGUUAUAUUCUUCUUCAUGAUGCUUCUAUUGACCGUUGGGACUAUAAAGUUGGAUGACCCAAGAGGAACAUGGCACUGCAGCUGGUGGUCUGCAAAGAUCCUGUUAUGGUUUGUUUUGACGUUGCUCCAGUUCUUGGCUCCCUCUGAUUGGAUCCAGCUCUAUGGGAGACUCGCGCACUGGGGCGCCGGGGUUUUCCUUGUCAUCCAACUGUUCAGCGUCAUCAGUUUCAUAAGCUGGUUCAAUAACUGCAUGCGUUCGGACAAGCACAAAAAGAUGUGCCGUCUUCAGAUAUUAUACAUAUCAAUUGCAGCUUAUGCUGCCACCUUUCUAGGGAUCGUACUGAUGUACGUUUGGUAUGCUCCUACAUCUUCUUGCAAGACAAACAUCUUUCUCAUCACCUGGACAUUGGUGCUGAUAAUAAUCAUAACAUGGGUUUCAAUCCACCCAAAAGUAAAUGCAGGCCUCAUAAACCCAGGUCUAAUGGGGAUGUAUCUCGUUUUCAUGUGCUGGUGCGCAGCCAGGAGUGAACCACCUACACCAAAUUGCAUCGGAAAGUCAGAGGCCAACAGGAGCGGGGACUCUCUUACAAUCAUAAGCUUCAUAAUUGCAUUUAUAGCUAUAGCAAUAGCAACAUUUUCAGCUGGAAUCGACUAUAAAACCUUUCGGUUCAGAAAGGUUGAACCUCAAUCAGAAGAUAAUGUACCAUACGGAUAUGGUUUCUUUCAUUUUGUAUUUGCUAUCGGAACAAUGUACUCUGCCAUGCUACUAAUAGGCUGGAACGUACAUCAAACUCUAGAAAAGUGGACAAUAGAUGUCGGGUGGACCAGUACUUGGGUACGAGUACUCAAUGAAUGGCUUGCCGCAGGUGUUUAUGUAUGGAUGCUGAUAGCCCCACUUGUUUGGAAGAACAGGCUAUCUCUUCAAACUUCAUCAUGAUGCUGAACAACAUCAAUGACCACCUAUCAAGCCUUCUUUCUUCAUGUACAGCACAAGCUCGAUUUUGUAGUACUCCAUUUUUGCAUUAUUGGUUUUGAUAUGUUUAGUCAUGUCAGCACCAAGCAAUCGAAACAACAAUUGCAAUGCAGAAAAUAGAAAGUUUAACUGAGAAGAGUAAUGUUUCCCCAUCAUUACAGGAUGUCAAAAGAGACAUGUAUUAGUGACAAAGAAUGAAAGAGGAUUGCCAGAAAUUAUUUCUGAUUUCAAACAGAUACAGCUCUGUAACUUGCUUCAAUAUGCUUACCAUCUCAUUCUGUUUAAAUGGAUCUAUGUAUAUCAUUUAGUCCAUCAUUUACACACUUAUGUUUUUUAAUUUGAUUUGAGCUUGAAGAUUCAUAUGCAAAAUGCAUUCUUCAAGUUUAGUCUCUUUGACUGUCAGCUAAUGAUUCAUGCACCGGUAUGAAGUUUUGAACAUUCAGUAAAUGCAUCAUCUCUGCUAUCUAUGAAUUCCCUUAAGUAUAUUAUGUGAAUCAUGAUAUCUUGUAGAAUAAUGUUACUUCCUUUUUAUCAUGCAUGUCAUGCCAUAUUGCCUGAUGAGCGCCUGUAAUUUCAUACUGUUUUGUUAUGUCUUCAUAAGGUGGAAAACUGGAAAUGUGCAACCUAUUGGUUUAAUAGUUUCCAAGCUUUCUUUCUUUAUUAAGUAGCAAUAUCCACAUCCUGGACUUCAGAGCAACCAAAAUGGUGACAUUUAGUUCUAGUCUUAGAUGCCUGAUUUGACGUACCAUCUGGAGUGCCGUAUUGCUUUUCUUUCUGAAGGUCCAAUCUGUAUGCAUUAAUAUAAUCACAGGAUCCAUAAAUUACAGUAGACUACAGACUAAGAAACAGCUUGUAUAUUUUCCUACAGAAAGUCAACUACCAGAUACUGAUUCUAAAAUCAAGAUUCUGAUCAUGUGUUUGCAUAUCAAUUGUCAAAGGGCCUAAACUGAUACAGGGUUAAUUACCAUAUAAGCCAACUGAUCCUAUUGAUGCCAUACAACACAUUUUCCAGCAGUAUGAAAGCAGUUGGCAACCAAAAAAAAAAAGGAGAAAACAAAACCUCCAAGUCAUUGCCACAAGAGACUUUCAUGUGGGAAAAAGAAAAACACGUAAUGAAAUUUUACAUAUGAAAAAUAAUUUAUGGAAACCAAAAGUC